CACAAAACUGCUGCUUCCGCACUGCUUCCUUGUUUAUUAGUUUUAGGGAAUACAGUGCCUUUAGAACAGUAAAAAGUUCAUUUCUUUCUCCGGAAACGGCGAGAACGCCUCAACAAGAUCCCCGAAUCCCCAAAUACUUGAAGUGCUCUCAGGGAGGAGGCUCUUAAUUGAUGUCCAGGAGUGAAUCAGGAUCUGAGUUUCACCACAGGCGACCCUGAGUGUCUGGUCUGAAUGGCCACAGCUGCAGAAGAGCCUCCGGGGCUGCAGGGCCCCUCUGGUUAUUCACCUGGGACUCGAAAAAAUGCUUCUCCCGAGGGUCCAAGCACCAGCAUGUCUCCGAACAUGAAGAAGACUAUCGGCCAUCGUGGAAUUGAUCCCACUGGGGAGACGACAUACAAAAAGACAACAUCGUCAGCCCUGAAAGGUGCUAUCCAAUUAGGCAUCACACACACGGUGGGCAGCCUAAGCCAGAAACCUGAGAGAGACGUGCUGCUGCAGGACUUUGAAGUGGUGGAAAGCAUCUUCUUUCCCAGUGAGGGGAGUAACCUGACGCCAGCUCACCACUAUGGAGACUUCAGGUUCAAGACCUACGCCCCAAUCGCCUUUCGCUACUUCAGGGAGAUGUUUGGCAUCCGCCCUGAUGACUACAUGUAUUCUCUCUGUAAUGAGUCGCUGAUAGAGCUAUCAAGCUCUGGGGCCAGUGGAUCUCUCUUCUACCUCUCUAGUGAUGAUGAGUACAUCAUUAAAACAGUGCAGCACAAAGAGGCCGAAUUUCUGCAGAAACUGCUACCAGGAUAUUUUAUGAACUUGAACCAGAACAAACGGACCUUAUUACCAAAGUUUUACGGACUCUACUGUGUCCAGGCAGCGGGGAAGAACAUCCGUAUUGUAGUCAUGAACAAUCUGCUCCCAAGCUCUGUACGAAUGCACCUCAAGUACGAUCUAAAGGGCUCCACUUACAAGCGACGGGCCUCAGCGAAAGAGAGAGAAAAGACAGUGCCCACAUAUAAGGACCUGGAUUUCAUGCAGGACAUGCAUGAGGGGCUGCUAAUGGAAGGGGACAAGUACAGUGCUGUUUGCAAGACCAUCCAGAGAGACUGUCUGCUUUUACAGAGUUUUAAGAUUAUGGACUACAGCCUUCUAGUGGGAAUCCACAAUCUAGAUCAGGCUUGUCAGGAGCAGGCCAGCAAAGAGGCUGUGGCCGGGGCUGCGGACCAAAGGAGGCCACAGGGCCAAAAGUCCCUUUACAGCACCGCUAUAGAGGCCAUCCAGGCUGAGGCAGGGGGCGUGGGAACACUGGACACAGAGGACAAAACUGGAGGCAUCCCGGCACGAAACUCAAAAGGCGAGAGGCUGCUGGUGUAUAUUGGUAUCAUUGACAUUCUGCAGUCCUAUAGACUCGUGAAGAAGCUUGAACAUUCGUGGAAAGCUCUGGUUCACGAUGGGGACACUGUAUCAGUACACAGACCGGGCUUCUACGCAGAACGAUUUCAGAAAUUCAUGUGCAAUGUAGUCUUCAGGAAGAUCUUGUUAAAGACCUCCCCAUCUAAGAAGCGCCGUGCAGUGGCACACGGUCCUUUGAAAAAGACAUCUGGCUCUGGGCCAUCUCUGUUAACACAAACCAGCAGCAACAGCCAGCAUCCUUCACUCCAACAUCAAGUCAGUACUGAGACUAAAGAAGACACUGAAGGAGACAACGUUAUGCAGUCAGGUCGUCCCGACCUCCUACCAAAGACUGUACUGCCCAGCGACGCUGUUGGCAAUGCUGCUGAAAUCUCCUCCUCCUCUGGGGGGAGCCCUGGAUUUGCUCCCACAAGUCAGCCUCCACCUUCCUCCGAGGCUACCAGCUGGUCAGUAGGAGUGGAUUUAAACAACACAUUGAGCAAAGACCAGGAGCACAGCACCCCCAAGAGAACUCAGUUUGGGACUCUUGAAGAAAGUAUCGGUGCUGAGGAUGUGAUCUCUCUCAGUGACAUUGUCCCUAAUGCAAACAAAUGCUCUGUGUAGAUGUCGGGAGGAGAAAUAGACUGAAAUGGACUGAAACAAACGUGGAGGAUGUUAAUGAGCGCGGAUGAAAUGUUACAGCCCCCCUUGGUGUGAUUUGAGGUACCACAAUUGAAAAGUUACACAGUGCAUCAGCGAGACCAAGUGGAAUAUUAAUUGUUUUUUGUUGUUGUUUUUCAACUUUGAUUUCCAAAUCUUAACAUUGUAUGAGCACAGUAGUGGGUGGUUGUGUUCCGACACUAGUAAUUGCAGGUACAUUAAUGCUGUGGAUGUUGAACACUAUUAUUCAUCUCAUAGGAAUGUUUCUAUGCACAACCAAAGAUUGUUCUGAGCACUGAUGUGCUCAACUCAGCCAGCAUUCAGCGUAGAGUGUAACAUGAGGAUUUUGCCUUUUAUUUCAAAUUCCUUAUCUACUUUUUUGAAUUACUUCCUCUGUGUUUACCAAAUUGCUGUAGCACAUCCUCAUACUCUCUAAGUGUCUGUCCCACCACCCAAAGCCGCGAGCAUAGAAUACUGUUUCUGCUAUAUGUUCCACUUAGAUGCUUUAACACAAAAAACUGAUUAUUUGGGUUAGUUUUAAAUAAACAGGUUUAUUUUUUAAAGAAAUUACUGUGUUCAUAAAAGGUAAGAUGCCGUUUUUUUAAUCUUAACCUGAAUGCAAAAUAUGCUGGAAAAAGAGGUAAUCCUCAGUUUGCAGUUUCUAUUUAACCAGCUGUUCUAAUGGACCUGUACUACUUUAAAAACUGUGAAUUCUAAAUGUCAUCUCUGAUGUUCAGGUCAGUUGGUUAUUUUAAAAGGACUUGUUUUGAUACAUAUACACUGUAUGAUUAUCAGUUUCAGGUUAGUGUGUAGAUACAAAACAGUGACCCAGGGCCUGUCUCAUGGAGCAAGACUGGUGAGUUUGUCAGCUAAGGUUGGAGUGGGCCGCGUCUUUUUCGGUGUCACAUAGAAAGCUCAAGUUCUGUUGCCAUGGCAGCUAAUGCACCAGACCAAACCUGCGAGGGCCAGUUUGUGUUUUAAGGCUUCUAGAUUGCUCUUUAUAAAAAGAACAUCUCUGCACCAAUUAAUUUCUGAUGGGAAAAAUAAAUGAACAAAAGCACAGCAUUCACAUGUAAGUGUCAUGUACCAAAGAGCACAAUGUGACAUUAUUAAAAACAUGGUACAAUCACUAUAAUUAAUAUAUUUCAUUAUAAUGUAUGGUAUUAGAAAGAUUUAUAUACUAAAUAUUUGCAGUAUAAGCAGGUGUCCCACUGUGGUUAUAAAUCAAGGCUUCUAAGAGAGCAACAAGUAGCUAAUUCUCAGAAGUACCUGCAGUAAAUGAAAUUUACUGUUGCAAAGUGUUUGUAUUGGUUCAGUGCAGCCUUACAGUAUGUAGAUAUCCUUACACAGCAGCCCUGAUGAACAUGACUUUGCAAGUAGGAGUAUUUCCACAGACCUAUUGAUAUGACACUAUCAUAAAUAACAACAGGUCACUGGCAUUGUUAAUGUCAUUUAUGCAAAGCAUCUGAAACCAGCCCUCACUAAUUCAGUAGCAGAACUACAGCAGCAGCAGUUUCGUCCUGAAGAUGGAGUGGUACCAUCUACAAGCAAAGAAAGUAACAGCUUCCACAGUUUGGACGCAGAUGCCGCUUUACAGCCAAUGAGUGUUAGAACUGUCUGUUUCAGUUUGUUUGUUUGUAUCUGUGUUAGUAUGUGCGUGUUUGUGUGUGAUUGCUGUUUUAUAUUUCACAUUUUAACCACACAAAAAGAAUUCGGUUAAAUUGAAACAUACACUUAACUAGAUGUCAAAUAGCAUUGAAAGACUUGCUUUAGUGUUUUUGUCCUAAGCAGAUUUUAUUUGUCCAGAGAGACACACUCGGGUGGGAUGCACAGGCCAAAAGGAAAAUUAGCAAUGUAGGUUGGUAGGUGUAAAAACUACUCAACACUGGUUAGCCCUGCUGCAGGGCCUCCGGUGAGAAUAUGACCAGAGAUGUCUAAGUUUAUAUAUAUAAAAUAUGUUUAUAUACAAGCCAGGAAAGUUUACUGAGAUAACAGAUGAAUGAAGUUCAUAUGAAAGUCGAAAAUCGGGUUGUGAAAGUGACUCGUGUUAAUUGGUCAUUAUUAAUUAGAACGUUGAUAAAACUGUUGCUCCUGUUUCCUGACAGGCAUGACCAUUUUCACCACAUCCCUUAUUAAAUUGGCUUUUGUUGAUUUGUUGAUGUUGCAUGUGAUUGAUUUCUAAACCCAGGGUGAAAAGAGCCAGUUGUGUGAGCUUUGAGACAGAUUAUCCAGAAUUGUCAGUGUUAAAUGUAGUGAAGCAUGAGACAGGCCUGAUCUAUUGUAUAUUAGUUAUUUUUUCAAUAGCAGAAAUGGUGAUGGCUGCCUGAUGUGCAAAAAGUACAAAUGACAAAACAGUUUGUCUAUGAACUCCAACUAGUAGAUGUAGUAUUGAUGGUUAAAGUAGGUUUUAGCACUCAAAAUGGGUGUGCAAUGUUUUAAUUUGAUGUUAUGGUUGGGUCACUUUAAACUGCCAAGUUUUACUGAAUCGAAAAUGCAGAUAUGUAUUAGAAUUAUAUUUGACUCUGACAGCAUAAAGGAAAUCAGUGAUAUCCAUAAAUGCUUCAGCUAUGCAACAAAAGUCUUUGUUUACUCCAUAUAUAUUCCUUAAUUAAUAGAUGUGCAAUACAUUGAAUAAAUUGACAAUUUUCUAACCAAAAUUAGAUGAACAAGCAUCAUUUGGGAAUUUUUCUACAUCCUGUAAAAGUAUUUGGAUGUUUUUUUUAUUCUGCUGGCUGUUAUAUCAAAUUGUCAGGCAAUAUUUAAAGUAAAACUGUGCCUUAUUGUAAAAACUCCAUGCAGCCUAUAAACCAAACAUGUAAAUAGUCACAUGUAUUGUAUUAUAGUAUUUAUUACUGUAUGUAUUGCUCUGGUUUCCAAAAUGUUUAUUAAUGGUGAGGAUGGAUUGAAAAUGUGCCUCUCUAGCACAACAAACCUGUAUCUAAAGCAUGCAACGCUACAAGAGUAAAUCCUUUGUUCUUUCUGAUGAUUUUGAUUAUUAUCAUAACAGCUGUUAAAUCAUCCUGUGUUUUCUGCAUAAUUUGUUUUCCUCUCCACUUGCUUUUGAAUUAUAUAAAUGUGUGCACAUGUAUACAAGAAUCACAACAAUGCCUUUUCACGCAAUAUAUAUUUAGAUGUUUUCUCUCUCUUUUAUUGUCAUGUUUUUUGUACACUUGGACCUGAAGAUAUUAAAGAAAAAGACAUGUUG